UAACUGCUGAGAAAUACAGCUGUUGACAGUAUUGGGAGUGCCUUCUUAUCUCCUAUAUAAGGGCUCAGCUAAAUUAUUUCUUUAGGCAACAUUUGAAUUUUUUUUCCUUUGAAUUCCUCUGUGCCCUCCGUGGUUUAUGGAAAGGCGAGCCGAGGUCUGCAGUGGCCACAAUUUCCCGCCAGGUGGCGAGACGUCCCGCCCGUGCCGCGUCACAUGAACCUAACGCUGAAACUCGUCCUCGGGUGACCCCCAGGCUCUUGCCUAGUAGUGGGAGAAGUCUUACGGCGCCUUUGGUUGUUGUUGCAGCAGGAGUUGCCGUCGCCGCCACCUUUUGGACCCGGUGUAAGCGGAGAGUAAGAACAGCAAUGUUGUAGGAGCUCAUGGACAGCCAGGCAAAGUUUGCCCAGCAGCAGCAGCAGCAGCAGCAGCACCUCCUUAUGUGAACUCUAGUUGAGAGAGUGAUUUCCCACACAUCUCAGCUCUGGAAUAGCAGCAGUGGCAGCAGCAAUAUUCUUUGCAAAGGUCUGCCCUACAGCCAGAAUUGAUAUCAGCUGGGAUUUCCAAGCCCUUAAUCUUUAAUGUCAUCUAUCCCUGGAUUUGCACCUUGCUCCUGAGAGACUAGAAGGACCGUGGCAAGAACUGAAGAAAAUCCCACACUACAACAAAUCAAAGCUGAAAUCCAACAGACUGACUAUGGUUUGUAUGAUGGAACUUAAAUUUACACAAGAGAGGCUGCAUUUUUUAGAUCAAUACUGCUGACAUUUUCUACGUUUUGCUAUACCUGGUGUGGUGGUCUUGAUUUUUUGCCCAAAGACAACAUAUAAUGGAUCUCAAGGAAAGCUGCCCAAGUGUUAGCAUCCCAAGCUCUGAUGAACACAGAGUAAAGAAAAAAAGAUUUACAGUUUACAAAGUUUUGGUCUCUGUUGGCAAUAAUGAAUGGUUCGUCUUCAGACGAUAUGCUGAGUUUGAUAAACUUUAUAAUACAUUAAGGAAACAAUUUCCCACAAUGAACUUGAAGAUUCCUGCUAAAAGAAUAUUUGGAGAUAAUUUUGAUCCAGAUUUCAUUAAGCAGAGAAGAGCAGGACUGAACGAAUUCAUUCAGAAUUUAGUACGACAGCCAGAACUUUGCAAUCACCCAGAUGUCCGAGCAUUUCUUCAGAUGGACAAUCCAAAGCACCAAUAUGAUCCAUCUGAAGAUGAGGAUGAAAGGAACAGUCAAAAGUUAAACUCUACCUCACAGAAUAUCAACCUGGGGCCAUCUGGAAAUCCUCAUGCUAAACCAACAGACUUUGACUUCCUGAAAGUUAUUGGGAAGGGAAGCUUUGGCAAGGUUCUUCUUGCGAAACGAAAACUGGACAGGAAGUUCUAUGCUGUUAAAGUGCUGCAGAAAAAAAUUGUUCUCAACAGGAAAGAGCAAAAACAUAUUAUGGCUGAACGUAAUGUGCUGUUGAAAAAUGUGAAACAUCCAUUUUUAGUUGGAUUGCAUUAUUCAUUCCAAACUACAGAGAAGCUUUACUUUGUUCUGGAUUUUGUUAAUGGAGGGGAGCUCUUCUUUCAUCUGCAAAAAGAACGUUUCUUUCCUGAACACAGAGCCAGGUUUUAUGCUGCUGAAAUAGCUAGUGCAUUGGGCUACCUACACUCCAUAAACAUUGUAUACAGGGAUUUGAAACCAGAGAAUAUUCUUCUUGAUUCCCUGGGACAUGUUGUCUUAACAGAUUUUGGGCUUUGUAAAGAAGGAAUUGCUACUUCAGACACCACGGCAACAUUUUGUGGGACACCAGAGUACCUGGCCCCAGAGGUGAUCAGAAAGCAACCCUAUGACAACACCGUAGACUGGUGGUGCCUUGGUGCUGUUUUGUAUGAAAUGCUGUAUGGUCUGCCUCCUUUUUACUGCCGUGAUGUUGCUGAGAUGUAUGAAAACAUUCUUCACAAGCCCCUACAUUUAAGGCCAGGCAUCAGUCUUACAGCUUGGUCUAUUCUGGAAGAACUUUUGGAGAAAGAGAGGCAAAACAGACUUGGAGCUAAAGAAGACUUUCUUGAAAUUCAAAGGCAUCCCUUCUUUGAAUCUCUCAGCUGGACUGACCUCCUACAAAAAAAGAUCCCACCACCAUUUAAUCCAAAUGUGUCUGGUCCAGAUGACAUCAGGAACUUUGACACAGCAUUUACUGAGGAGAGGGUACCCUAUUCAGUUUGCAUUUCUUCUGACUAUAAUGUUGUAAAUGCCAGCGUGCUGGAAGCAGAUGAUGCAUUCAUUGGAUUUUCUUAUGCACCACCUUCGGAAGACUUAUUUCACUAAGAUUUCUGGAAGAUGAGAAAUAUAUGCAAGUCAUCUUUAGAUUGACUGAAAUUUUAGAUUAUGAACAGAUUCUAAAAUAUGUGCAACUAGUGCCUCAUUUGAUAUUUUGAACAAACAUUCUCUGCUGUAAUAUGAGGAACCUGGGCAUUUUGGAUUACAUCCUAAGACUGUUACACCUACUGUACAAAAAUACUUUUAGAACAAAUACCUUUAAUUAGCUGUCCUUAAUCUUAAGACUCUUUUUAAACAAGGACACUGACUGUUUUUCCUCCAGUUUACAUUAAUAUCUCCAGAUUAGCUGUCUUUAAAAGCUGCACACUUUUACAUUUAAAGGCCUUUGUGAACUAUCUGGUGACUUUGUGCUUGAAAUGUUACUAUGCAAAUAUUUUUGUAUAUUGUUGUUUGGGGGGGGAAAGAUAAGCUUACCCAGUAAAAUUUGUCCGCUUGUUGUUUGAGGCGAGAUGAUUUUUUGGCAACAGUUCCCCAUAAUUUCUUAACUUAGAUAAGAAACAAGGAUCUGUACAAUAAUGUUACGUUAUGUUAUGUUACAGUUUAUUUCUUGGCUGCCUUUUGGCCAAAAAGGCCCCCGAGGGGGCUUACACACAAAUAAAAAACACAAAUACACAACAAAUAAAAACAAUACAAUUUACAAAAAUCAAACUAACAAAAUUGUAGCAUUUCUAAAAAGCAACAACAGUUUACCAAAAGCUUUCAUCUUCCUGGUAAAAAUGCCCAUUUUAAGGCCAGACUGUGCGACCGUUGUCAAACUGGGCCCAGAACUGCAGACAUUACUAAAUAAUUUACUCAAAUAAUUUGAUUCAUUCCAGUAGUAGACCUAGAAAUGUGCUAUCUAGGUUAAUUAAGGGUGGAACAAAUUAGCCUUAAAUAUUUGCUGAUAAUAAUGCUUCUCAUAAUGACUAUAA